CCACGCGUAGAAAAUAUCUCACUACACUACAAGGAUGGUGGAUUGUAGAAAAGGGGUUAUUUUAGCGUCAUUUUUGGUUAUUUCAUGAAGUGUAUUAAACUAGAUCUUAUUCUUACUAAGAGGUGAUAGAAUCUUAACGUUUGACAAUCAACAGCAACAAGAAAUAGAAAAAGCAAGAUGGCAGCAAGUAAAGCGCCACAGCCAUCACCAGAAGGAUAUAAUUUAGAAAUAUUUAUUAAUAAAAAGCCAGAUGAGAAGUUUUUAUGUAACAAAUGUGAAUUGAUAUUACGUGAACCAGUACAGAGUCCAUGCGGACAUAGAUAUUGUCAGUCAUGUUUUAAGGCUAUUUGUGGACAUACAGAUAGCCAGAUAACAUGUCAAGCUUGUGUGAAGGAAGAUACUGUUGAUCUUGAUAUCAGUUAUCUUCAUAAAGACAAGAUGUAUCCUGAUAUGGCUAUAAAAAGAGAAAUGGGAAAGAUUCAGUGUAAAUGUGUAAAUCAAGGCUGUAGCUGGACAGGUGUCUUUAAAAAUUACAUGACACAUGAAAUAGAUUGUGAAUUCCGUGGAAUUACAUGCAAGGCAUGUGGUAAAAAUAUACCCGAAUCCAAGAUGGAAGACCAUCUGAAGACAAGUUGUCCAAAACGUAAAGUUCGAUGUGAAAAUUGUAAUGCUGAAAUUUUGUUUUCGGAUAUUAAGGAGCAUAAAAAGACUUGUCCUAAAGUCAGCAUAACGUGUGAGGCCUGUAAUAAAAAAUUGCUGAGAGAACAGCUUGUGAAACAUACAAAUGAUGAAUGUUCUAAAAGAAUUGCACCAUGUCCUGCAGGAUGCUCAGAUCUGAUUCGAUAUGAUCAGCUUCAGACCCAUAUCCAGAAAAAUGUUCCAUUACAUUUAAAAUAUACGCUGGAAGCAACACAACAACUGGCUAGGAAAAUAGAUGAAAGAAUUAGCGCAUUAGCCGCACCUGCAAGUACAAGCUUAAAUAAUGAAAUAGCUCGGCUGUCUGAGAGGAUAGCAGUCAUAGAAAGAGGUGGAGCUAACACUAAUGGAGCAGCUGCUGCUUCUGGAGGCUCAUUUCUUGGAGAUGAUAUUGGUGCAGCUUCCCGGAUAGCUGCAACAGAAUUACGAGUAAAUGCAUUUGAACCAAUCAUGGGUGUUCUACAUAAAGAAAUUGAGAAAUGCAACAGCACUAUAGAAAUUGUUGAGAAUAAAAUGUCGCAAGAAAGUCAACAUCGAGACCAGUAUUUACGGAAAGUUGAUGAACUUGAUUUGAGGAUGAGAAAUAUGGAAAAAGCCCAGGAGGUCAAAGACAGACUUUCAGCGCAGAAUGAUUUACGUUUUCAAUCCAUGGAGUUCGCUCGAUACGAUGGUGUAUUAAUUUGGAAGAUCAGUGAUUUCAAACAGAAACGUCAAGAUGCCCUAACUGGUAAAGUCACCAGCACCUAUUCCCCAACAUUCUACACGGGGCAUGUCGGAUACAAGAUGUGCGCACGACUCUACCCGAAUGGUGACGGUAUGGGAAAGGGAACGCAUAUUUCAUUAUUCUUUGUAUUGAUGCGUGGUAACUAUGACAACUUAUUGUCCUGGCCAUUUAAGGAAAAGGUAACUCUGAUGAUGAUUGAUCAGAAUUUUAAGGAACACAUUGUCGACACAUUUCGACCAGAUCCACAAAGUUCCUCGUUUCGAAAACCACAAUCAGAAAUGAACAUUGCUAGUGGCUGUCCACUGUUUUUACCGUUGUCAAGGCUACAGGAUCCCCAGUAUGCCUAUGUGAAGGAUGAUGUAAUGUUUGUUAAAAUAAGUGUGGAACAAGAAACUGAUAGCCGAUUGGAUUUAAAGACAAAUAACUUUGUUUCUCCUCCAUAGACUGUAAAACACACCCAUGUCACCACCAGCCCUGCGUCCCACCCCCACCCCAACAAAUUUAAAACAACCAAUACCAGAAAGUAUAUUGCAGUGUAGGGAUUUCAAAUUUUUUCUUGUCAGACAUUUUUACUGAAGAAUAGAGGGGCAUAACUCUUAUCGUUAUUUAAGCAGGUGGUUUCAGACCGACAAAGGAGAAGUAAUGACUUCUGUUCGGGAUUGGAUUGUUGAAUUGUCUGUCAAAGGAUUAAGUCAGCCAAGGCAGAUUAACUAGUUAAACAAGGUAGUCGUAUAGGCGCUAUAACACGAUAAAUACGUUGAUCACUUAAUUACCAAAUCAAUCCAGCCUAUGAUCAACGAUAAUCGGGUUGAGUGGUAGAUAUACGCUGGUCGGACAAUGUAGGAGGUUUGGGAAAUAGCGUGGGACAUGUCCGGAAUAUACGGGUGAAAUCCCAUCACUUGUAUAUUAUCUACUGAAGUACUCAACAUGAAGUGAAAAAAAAAUUAUUUUCCCCUAUAUAUAGUGUGAAAAACACAUGUACAAUAUCAUAUAGUCUAUUGUCCAGUGAAUUAUAUAGCAUGAAAAAUGAGUGGUAUUGAUUUUACUUUUAACCAAGAAUAACUGUUAAUAUUUUUGUAAGAUACAUUAAAGGACAAUAUUAGUGUCAGUCAUAAUUACAUAUGUGAUAGAACUGGUUAAAUACAUUCCAAAUAUAAUUUUAACACUGAGAUCAUUGCUACAGGA